AUGUCUUACUCCGGAUACGGCUUUUCCUCAAAUAGUGCCCAUCCUUCGAGACAAGCAGUCUCAAAUACUCAAUCCUCUUCGACGCCGUCCUCUAGCUGGCAGAACGCGGACCGGACCUAUUCUCAGAAAGAAUACGGAUGGCAAGAGCAGAUUCCGAGCUUACACGGUUCCAAUACGUCUCAUUCGGAAAAUCCUUGCUGGUCUUCGAGCAAUGACGCUCAAAUCCAAAGCCAGAAUUAUCCCCCACAGGUUACGUCCCGGAACUCGCAAUCAGGGCAGUAUACCGCUCCACAUUCAGGUGUGAAUCAAUCUCACGUGUCACUUGACUCCUCGGCGGUGGACGCGUUGUAUAACAGUACCAGAGCAGGAUCGACCGCAGCUCCAAUUCCGGCAAAUCCUUCCAGCAGGGCAAACUUCUACUACUCCGGGGCCGCUCAGGCACAAAGCCGAACUCCCUCUCCCAAUGUUCAUCCGUCCUAUCAGCAGAGUGGAUCCUCCUUGGACCUAGCCGAUCGGUCAGACUCUGCGCAACGAUCUAGAAAUGCUGCCGCGAGUGCUAUGACUGUGCUCUCAUCUUCCGUACCCGCCCGGCGCUUUUCACAAAGUGUUCCAGUAGGAUCUUCAUCGAUUUACUCUGAUCAAACGCAACCCUAUAUCUCUACUGUCCAUAACGCCGCAUCCACGAGGGACUCGAGUCUACCCGAAUAUUCGGCCAAUCCUGCGCUAGCCCCUCGUCAGAACACGACGCAUCAGCGACCGGCCACAUCACAACCCCCUGCUGUUGAGAUAGGCCAAAGGAAAGAUACUUUGUCGUCCACGACCACAAACCCCGUGUCGUACUCGAGUCCCUCCGGGCAACCUUUCGAUACCAUACCUCCACCGAACCCUGCACAUCAUAGCAGACACAGUCAGUCAAUUGCUACAACUUCAGCACCUAGCUACGGGUCGUCACGCCCAAAUAUUCAAUCAAACUCGAUGUACAGCCCCACUCCCGUGGGUACAAGAAGCCCAAAGUCGCAUGUUGCGCACACACAGGGCAAUACAGACCAGCACUCUAGCUCAGAAAUUCACAAUCAAGACGCAACCCACAUAAACAUGUCCCGUAGAAAUAAUCUCCACGGAGAAAAUCACGGACGCAGGUUGUCGAACUCCCCUUCACAAACGUCGCUACCAACCUUCGUCGAUCCAAGCAAGAUCAAUUAUGAACAAGCCAGGGCAUCAUACAGCAUGCACAGUACACAAGCCCAUCAAACUCCGCAAACUACUUUCGGGGAAUCAAACGAAGAUACAUCAGUUGAACAAGCACUCGUCAUCGCCCUAACAGGAAAUACGGUGCAAUUUCAAACCGAGACAGGCGAGAGGCCGGUAGAAGCACAGGCACCUCCUGAAACUUCGACAAAUAACCAGGCCGAAACCAAGUCGGCAAGUUACCCCCGUAAACCCAGUCCAAACCGUAGAUGCACCCUGCCUGCAGCCCAAGCCGAACGUGCGGACGCAAAUGAGCCCUCUCAAGAGAUGCCACAGGCGGCUCAGACUCGAAAAAGAGGCCGGCCCCGUAAGGCCCCUCAAGACAAGCUUAUGAACGUGCCCGGAGCCAUCUGCCCUUCGCGGGUAUUGGAGCCUGAUUUAUCUACCACAGCUCAAGAUGAGUCCACCAAAGGUUCGAUGGAAGAGAAUAUGGCUUCUGAAAUGAGACAAAUGAUCGAGAAGAUGAGACAAUGGAGGUCUAAAGACCCUUCCUUAUUUGCAAAGCUGUGGGAUGAUGUUAAAAAGGGGCCUUCUACAGACGCUUCUCAACCUCCUUCAGCCAGCAAAGCGUCCAUUGCGAACCCUGCGCCAAAGCCGGCGAACGGACAAUCUUCCAUGGACCCCCCCGCCCAGGUCACACCUGCAGAGAGCCUACCAGAUCUUGGAAAGUUUCCGGCAGCAAGACGCAAACGGUUCGCAAAAAAUCGGCUCUCUAAUGUCUAUCAUGCUAUGCCUGAAAUGGGUUCGCCGAAGGCAACGACUACCCCAAUACAGCAGCAAAAAGUUAGUCAAGCGAAGGCGACUGUUGAUGAAAAUAAGCGUCAACCAACACACUUUGAAACUCCAGAGCCACGCCGCACACCAUUAUCAUCCUAUAAUAACACCUCCCAGGAAGAUAAAGUGGUCCAAACUACCACUACUCCAAUUGCUUUGUUAAAGGAAGUGCAAACACCUCAAGAUAACAAUCGCCCAGAGCCUCAACCCAAGCCGAAGGAAAUGAAAGCGUCGAAUAUCUGGCCGCUUGCAAAACGUCAGGCAUUAGCUGAAGCGGCAUGUAAUUACCUCAAAGAGGUCCCGCAGAAUGCGGGGAAGGACUGCCCGACAUCUCUAAUUCUCAAUUUAAUCGAUCAGGAUCCGUCAUAUACACAGCUCUGCGAGAUGCUUGAAGUUAAGGGGCUCUCUGUGAACAGAGUACAUUUUGCAAAACAUCUCCUCAAAGCAGUUCCUGACCUAUCAAGCAGUGCCCAACCGAAGCGGCCUGCGAAUUCAGAUGCUAUUACGCCCCCUGUUGGCCACCCUUCAGAGGGUAAUGCUACGACCAGUGUUCCUGUGCAAUCCCACCCACCAUCCAGGCCAGUUUCAGAGGCUCCACGGGCUAAGCAGCCAAAUAGUACCAUAGCACAUACAGCGCCGUCCCCUUCUAUUCCCCCUCCAACAUAUAACACAAAAAGUCAGGUCCAAAUGACUGCUCCCCUUACUUUUCACCAUUUUACUGGAGUUUCAACCACAAUUUCUCAGCCACCUCAGAGCACUCUGGUUGCCUCACAAGAUGCGAGCCAGCCCACUCAAAGCGCGGCUGCUUCAUCCAUACCGCAGUCUACAAACCCGGCAACUCUACCCAGGCCACCCCCUAUGGCUAAUUUACAACAGUCCUCAAAGCAAGCACCGCCAACGUCAUCACAGCCAUUUUUUCCUCCUCUUCCGCCCGUUGCUAAACUUGUUCCCCUUCCAUCAGAAACCAACUCCACAACCCCCUCAAGCAAUGCUCCUCGGUUUGAACCUCCUAAAGUUGUGUCAUCUCAGGUUCCAAUGGGACAGGCGGUUCAGUCCCCUAUUACGGCUCACUCGUUCAUCCACUUCGACGCUAAAUCUUCCAAGGUCAAUGCCAAACGCACUUCGGAAACAUCUGCACCCGCACCGCCACCGGCGAGUGCACCGCCAGGGUCAAAGGAAGCACUAGCAAAAAAGCGCAAUUUCUCCGAGAUUGUGGACUUGACACGGUCGCUGAGCGAUGAUGAGGAUAUGGUGGAUGUUGCAGAUGUUGCAGAUGCGGAAUCUGCUAGCAAAAUACCACGUUUAGAUGAGUGCAGAACGACAGAGCCAUUGGUGCCAGCCACCGAGCCCACACCGGCGCCGUCAAGUACUGUGGACCUAUCCAGAUUUAAACUCGCUGAAACAACCGAUGUGGAGAAAAGGGACGCAUUGCGACGCCGCAAGGAUAUAGUGAAGCCUUUCAAUAAAGCUGAGGCAUUGAGAAAGACUUACUACAACCCGAAAACGAUUGCGAGGGACGUCCUGAUCGCGGCAGGCCGACAUCCGACCGAACGACCAUUAAACUACCAUCUACUCAAACUACGAGUGAGUUUUCAAGCAGUGGACUAUAAUUCAGACCUGCGAACGUUUCGAUGGGACCUCGUUGACCCUGGCUCUCCGCCCCCAGAAGUGGCCCUUGCACCUCUACCUUCCCGCCCGCCGAUUCCUUCCCGGCCGCCAAACUCCGACCUAAACUCCGACGCCUCCACGACCGAAUUAUAUAAUCGAGAGUCACGUGGUUCGGAAGUGACCACCACACCUCAACGCGCUGUGCAUCGCCAGAGUGCUGAAAUCCCCAAGCUCAAUUCAUCGCCUUCCAAGAGAAACGUCGUACAGAUCCGUCCAUUUCAUACUUUUUCUUCAAAUUCUACUCCUCUGAUGCCCGAAUCGACGGCGCUGCCGCGUCGUCAGCGAGGUCGACCAGCAGGGUCGAAGAACAAACCAAACGCCACCGGCUCAGUCUCAAGAGCCGUGGAAGUCGUCGUCCGACCAGGCCCAUAUGCAUCUCCCCUCUACAGAGAGUAUAUUUGCUCCUGGAAGGAUUGCAAUGCCAAACUACAUAACCUGGAGACGCUGAAGAAGCAUGUGGUGAAGCUGCAUGUUCCUCCCAGCAAUCAUUCUACUCCGUGCCAGUGGUCAGGCUGCGCAUCGUCUCGGAGCCAACACCUUUUUGGCGCUGAGGAGCUUCAAGAACACUUGGAUAAGAUGCAUCUGCGCCCGAUGGCCUGGAAAUAUGGCGAAGGUCCCACGACGAAAGGAUCUGGUGAGAAUGGAAAUAAUAUCGCAACUCCGAUAGUUAUUCUCUAAUAACUAGUUUAAUUUCUCUUCCGUUCCGAAUUCUAGUUCUAUCUAUCGACCCGGAAAACUGUUCUAAAGACCAAAACGGCCGGUCAUACACACCGCGGAUAUCAGAGCGAGGGCCCCAUCCGGCGCUAAUAUUCCCCGCAGCAUCGUCAUCCAUCAAAUCUUUCAACAAGAUCCAUGGUAACAAAACUGAGAGGGCGAAGGCUUUGGAAGUACUAAGGGCUUUGGAAACAAAACAGGCGCGAGUUGGAAUUGGAGUGAACAAAGGUGGAUGCACUCUUUUUAAUUACAAGAGACUACCGACAGUUGUGGCUUUUGAGAACGUUCGAAGGAUAAUACCCGCGGAAAAGAAAUAACCUGUGAAUACAACCCCAAGCGGACAUCGGCAUCGCCGGGCCGACGUAUGUACCGUGAAUAUUUAUGUAAUGCAAUAAGCGAUGGCGCAAAAGGGGCUUUUGGUUUUGCCUGAUUUUAUUUUUGCCAGGCUUUGCGAUUCGUUUUUACAUGAUACAGAUACCAGGCUUAGGCUUCAAUUGCUUCCAAUUUGAAGGCUGGCUUUUGGGGCCAGACAUGAUGUCUAUCUUA